UCUGAACUUCUCUAUCAGACCUCUGAGACGUGCGAUGAAGGAAACAUCUGUCAGAUUUCUGCUCUUUCUAACCUCAGUGCUGUGCGGCAGAACAAACCAAGCUGCUCUGACUGUGAGUCCCAGCAGAUCUCAGUUCUUCAUGAGAGAAUCAAUGACUCUGAUGUGCUCUGCUGGAGGAACUGUGACGAGAAACACGACUGAAGGAACCAGGACUCAGUGUGGAGAUGGAUGGGGAGAAGCUGCUGGUUCUACCUGUGAAAUCAGCUACUUGUUUAAACAUGACUCUGGUGUGUACUGGUGUGAGUCCACAUCUGGAUCCUCCCCCAGCAGCAGCAGCAGCAUCCAGCUCUCUGUCUCUGGUGGAUCAGUGAUCCUGCAGAGUCCUGUCCUCCCUGUGAUGGAGGGAGAUGACGUCACUCUGAGCUGCAGAGCAAAGAGUCCAGCCCACAACCUCCCAGCUGCUUUCUAUAAAGAUGGCUCCUUCAUUGGUGAUGGACCAUCAGGUCACAUGACCCUCCUCCAUGUCUCCAGCUCUGAUGAAGGCCUCUACCAGUGCAGCAUCAGCAGUCAGGAUGGAGAGUCUCCAUCCAGCUGGAUCUGGGUCAAAGGUCAGCAGCUUCUCUGGAUUUUGGUUUUAACUUGUAUCACCAUGGUAACAAAUAUUAACUCUAUUUCAGAGAAACCCAUCACCUCCUCUCCACCCAGCACUUCAUCUAUGAAUCUGUUCUCAUCAUCAUCAUCAGCUGCUUCCUCUUCAAACUCCUCCUCCUCCUCCUCUUCCUCUGUCGGUCUUCAGGUUUUCAUCCACCUGGUCGUGUUUUCUCCGUACUUCAUCUCCACUCUGCUCCUGGUGUCUUUAUAUCGACACAAAGAUAAAGGAGACCAUCUGCACAACUCAGUGGUUAUGAUUUCCUCCACUGGAUGAUCUGAGUUAUUACAUCAUCAUGUUUUCACCACAGUGCCUGAAUCAUUAUAUCCAUAGAUUUAUCUGUAAUGGGACUAAAACAUUAAAGCAUCUUAACAUCCCUCAG